UCCAGUAUUCCUCCAUCAUUCGGAAAGGAUAAGAAAACAAGAAACCAAACCCUUCUCUACUUAUUUUCUUACACAAUUUCUCCUAUUUUCCCAAUCUUUCAACGGUAAAUUCAAGCCAUGGCAGCAUCGAUAUUAACACCAGUACUCCCUUCAGCGUCUCUCAUUUCCAAUCCCCUUUCCACUUCUCUCAAAAACUCCAUCUCUUUACCUCUUCCCACCUCCCUCCCCAAGAUUGGUGGGCUGAGCAUAAAGUGCGUGCGUGUGGGUGGAGUGGAGAUUCCCAACAACAAGAGGGUAGAGUAUUCGCUGCAGUACAUUCAUGGGGUUGGGCGCACUCGAGCCAAGCAAAUUCUGUGUGAUCUGAGCAUGGAGAACAAGAUUACCAAGGACUUGUCUGAAGAGGAACUGACUACUCUCCGUGAGGAAGUCUCCAACUACAUGAUUGAAGGAGACCUCAGGAGGUUCAAUGCACUUGCCAUUAGAAGGUUGAAGGAGAUACAAUGCUACAGAGGUGUUAGACAUAUUCAGGGAUUACCAUGCAGAGGACAGAGGACUAAGAACAAUUGUAGGACCUUGAAGGGAAAGAGGGUUGCGAUUCCCGGGAAGAAGAAGCGUUAGAUGUAGGCCAUGCUUUGCUUUCUUUUCGAAAAAUUACUUGGUAAUUGUCACAUUAUGCCUGAGAUCUUGUAUUCUCUUUACAUACGACUACUACAAUGUGAUUUUCUGCUUUAAAAAAAUUACAUUUGCCGUUGCUUUUGGCGAACUGAACAUUGUAGUGUUUUCUUGCGUUGGAAAGAUCCAUGAGCAUCUCCUGUUGAAUGGUGUUCCAUUGGAUUUUGGCAACUGGAAAACUUGCUUUCAACUUUUUGUGAUUGGUGGUUGUUCAUAUGUAUCUUACUUUGUUCUGUAUCAAAACUUCAUAAUGGAAGAUAAUGCCGUAUAAGAUAAUUGACAACGGAA